AACAUUGUCCAACGCAAUCAGCUGGAAAAUUUCACAAGCACUUCCAGCUGAUUGUAAGGUAACAGGCUUUAGUCGACAACGUGCGAUUACAUUUGGCUAUUGUUUACACAUUGUGCAACACAUGAAAUGCGUCAGGAUAUGGAAAAUACAAGCAACCGAACCUACCGACGCCGCAAAAAAUCUGGGAAACAACACUUUCCUGUGGAUACCCUAUCUCCACCUUCUACCGCCAAAAGGACCAACAGCACGGACAAUCGACAGCAGCAGUGUCCAGUUGACAGGAGGGGAGGUGGUUAAGGUUGGAGAUAAGAAGCUCAGAGGAUGCUGGGUACACGGAGGGACAGCAAGGCAGGAUGGGGUCUGGGGUGGAGCACUAGGGGCAUAUCUGCAUCACCAGACCUCGCUCUGAUCCACUUUGACAGUCACCCUUUAGGUGAGGAGAACCUCUCAGCACUCACUGGAAGCUACAGCUUAGACUCAGGGAUGGAUGGGGGCAGGUUGUAUCCCUGCAGAGGGAAGCUAUAACUGAGCCUCCCUGACAACAUACACACACACACACACACACACUCAAACCUCCUGUCUGCACACCCUGUUUAUUUAGCAAAUGGAGUGCCCUGGAUAUUUGUGGCGAACCUAAAAUGACUCAAUCAUAGAUCUGCAGCAACGUGCUCAGAGCCGACCUGCGUUUUGUCGAAUUGCAAUCAGCCGUGCUUUUCCCUGUUACCCUGGGUGGCCGUCAUAGCUUUGUCCACGUGUCUCCACGCCUCUAUGGGGUAAAUAGCUUUAUCCUCAGCCCUACCACAGCACAGCUGAACAGAGCACUCUGGCUGUUACGUCACUCUGCCCCUGCAGCAAAUGUGGUCAGAGGAACAGACAGACAGGUAUUCUCUCAUUUCCAUCUCAUUGUGUAAUAUGGGAGAAAGAGAGAGAGGUGAAUGUAGAAUGCACAACAUGUCAUCACUGAUAGGACAAAUUAGGCAUGCUUUUCUCUGUAAAUUGAGACAUCCUUGUUUAAAACAUAGCUAAGUUACUGGUUCAGUUUCCAUCUCUUUAUUAUCAGCUCAGCAUUGCAUGAUGACUGAAGUUCAAGUAGUGAAAACGAACACUAUGAAAGCAUUUUAAAAACCUGUGACAUUAUAAAAACUUUAUAGUCCUUAUUUGUUUGUCUCUAAUCUCCUACUAAUGUAGAUGAUGAUCCUAAACAUAGUCCAUUGUCUUGCCCUGAAGCUGCUAUGCCUUGAACCUCACACACCAUACCAUCAUAUGAUCCAGUCAGCAGACACAAUGUUUCCUGCUUAAAUGAUCUCACUUUCCAGUCAUGAACAUCACCUCAAGUCAACAUACCAGCAUACCAACAUGCCAUUCAUGCUGUUCUCCAUUUGUUAUCAAAAUGAAAUAAUGGAUGCUAAUAACAGUUGAUGGUUAAAUUAUUCUUAUGUUUAUGAAUCAACUUCCAUUACCAUCUGUAGGUGGGCUGUAAUGGCUUUCUUUCUGUGCAUGAGAGCUGAAUAAAGAACCAAUUAGAUAAUUCUAGGAGCAGUCUCCCUUCAACUGUUCCUUAUCCAAAGUAAACUCAGACGGUCAGACCUCUCUCUCUCUCUCUCUCUCUCUCUCUCUCUCUCUCUCUCUCUCCCUCUCCCUCUCCCUCUCUUUCUGUCUCGCUAAGCUUGGCGAUGGGUUGGUCUUAGGAGUGAUAUCACCCACUUCACUCCUGCAUGCACACAUAUACCACGAGCAGUGUCUCCAUCUCGCAGUGCGCGCUGCCUCUUGUGCUUCACCGAGGACACCUGUUUAACAAAACAACAUACAGCACUGCGCACGAGACCGACAGAGAGAUAACGGAAACAAAAUGUUUUGAUGCUGCUGGAAUAUCACCCUAAUAUGGAGACUUACUCAUUUGGAUUCUGGACUUCAUAGUGGCAAAAACUUACUCAAUAUGCUGUGAGUACAGAGCACGGAGCUGUCACCGAGCACGGAGCUGUUUCGGACCCUUCUCUAUGGAACUGAAGAUGAGGGCAGCUCGCCAGGACGCUGAGGGUCCUCACGUAUUUGACCUAUGUGCUCUAGGCUAUAUCUGUUACCCGAUCACACAACCUAGUGCACAGCGCGUCUCCAUUGGUUAAAUGCUUUAAGACUAAUGACUUGAUCAACAAUUGAAUGCUUCCAAGUUAAGCUGUUUGGGGGUGGAAAGGUGCACGCUAUAAAUAACCCAUUAGAAGAUGCGUUUAUGAUGGAUGUAGCCAAGUUUAUCACCGUUACCUACAACACCUUGCAGGAUGCCAACACCUCGAGCGCACCGAGACCUCUCCCCCACACGGAGCUGGGCUCUGCGCUCAUCAUCCUGCUGGUCACCGUGAUCAUUCUGGUCACCAUCGUUGGUAACGUGCUGGUCAUCGUGGCCGUGCUCACCAGCAGGGCUCUCCGCGCGCCCCAGAACCUUUUCCUGGUGUCUCUGGCAUGCGCGGACAUCCUCGUAGCCACACUGGUCAUCCCGUUCUCCCUUGCCAAUGAGGUCAUGGGUUACUGGUACUUUGGGAGCCCCUGGUGCGCCUUUUAUCUGGCACUGGAUGUACUCUUCUGCACCUCGUCUAUAGUCCACCUGUGCGCCAUCAGUCUGGACCGCUACUGGUCCGUCACCAAGGCCGUGAGCUAUAAUCUGAAGCGGACCCCCAAGCGAAUCAAGUCCAUGAUAGCCAUGGUGUGGGUCAUCUCCGCCGUCAUCUCCUUUCCGCCUCUUAUCAUGACCAAGCAUGAUGAGCACGAGUGUCUGUUAAACAACGAAACCUGGUACAUCCUGUCCUCUUGCCUCGUGUCCUUCUUUGCCCCGGGCCUCAUCAUGAUCCUAGUCUACUGUAAGAUCUAUAAAGUCGCCAAGCAGCGCUCUUCCACGGUGUUCGUGGCUAAGAAUGGCCUGGAGAGGCAGCCCUCCCAGUCAGAGACGUGCUUCGUGAGGAAGGAGCGGAUGGAGAUAGAGAGCCCCAGUAGCCAGAGCUCCGAGGACCACCACAGGCAGGAGGAGCUGGAUGAUAUUGACCUGGAGGAGAGCUGCUGUGCAUCGGACAACAAACCCGGUAACCACCGCUUCUCCAAGCGAAUGAAGGUGGAGGGCUCGGACUGCUGCCCACGCCAGAACUGCCGCCUAUCUUGGGCCUCGGCGCGCGCCACGCAGCUUUUCCAAGACCCUAAAAACGCAGCCAACCCGGCCCUGGCGGCCCAGCGGCAGCACCUUGCGGUGACCUCGUCCAAGACCAAAGUGGCCCAGAUGCGUGAGAAGCGAUUCACGUUCGUGCUGGCCGUGGUGAUGGGGGUGUUUGUGCUCUGCUGGUUCCCCUUCUUCUUCACAUAUAGCCUGCACGCAAUCUGCAGGGAGAGCUGCUACAUCCCCGGUGCGCUCUUCAACACCUUCUUCUGGAUUGGUUACUGCAACAGCUCCGUGAACCCUAUCAUAUAUACCAUUUUCAACAGGGAUUUCCGUAAGGCGUUUAAGAAAAUCGUUUGCCGGACUUCAAAACGCACUAAUGCCACUUGAAAAGAAGGGUCACUUUGAUGGCCAUGACUGAUUGACUGUGCUUCACUGCUCAUCGUAUCCAGCGCUCAGCUCUACACCUCUGAAUCACUAUUAGUUUCAAAAUGAACUUUCAUAUGUAAAUAAUAUGAUGAUAUCAUAUCAAAAUAUCUCGUGUUGUGCACCAAUAUGUGAAUAUUAGAAACAAUGUACAGAGGGAAUAGGAUGUAUUAAACAAAAGCAAAAUAUAUAUAUUGUCAUUGAUGGUUUAAUAUGACUACUGAAUCAUAUUUUCCCCUGCUUUCAAAGUUAAGAAUUAAUUUAAUAUUCAGUGAUGUAGCUAAGGUAUGUAGGCCAAAGCAUAAUAAUUCCAGAAACUUUGUACAACCCGUUCUUUUCUGUACUUUAAUUAAUAUUUUAUGUCCCUUCUAGAUAAAAAAAAAGAUGGGACAUCUUAGUUCAGAGUAAAAGUGAUGUCAUAAACCCAGAUUGCAAAGCUGAUAGAGCUGUGUGGGGCACUGGGAGUUUUAGAUUCUAAACAUGAAUCAUUCAUCACACUGUCGUCAAUAAGGAAUGAGAGUGAGAACAUCGGUGUAGUCUACUUUUGAUGAGUAGCCUAUCCUAAGUGAUUACAAAUGACUGCAAUUGCUUGGUCGUGUUUGACAGAGGUGUCACAAUGUAAAGAUUUUAUUUCUGUAUUUUUUUAAACAAUACAAAAGAUACACAUACAAACAACAACAUACCGAUGCACACAAACAUCCACAUCACCCCUGCCCAGACACACCUGCUCACACACCCAUCUCCAGCGCCCAUAUCACUCUCCGCCACAUGGCCUCAAACUGCACCAUUU